GUGUGUGAGGGAGGGAAGGAGCUCGCGGUGGAGCUCGCAGCCCGCGCUGUCUUCCCGCAGCCCCAGCCAGGCCCCGCCGCCGCCCGCAGCCCUGCGCCGAGUCCGGGCCGAGCCGAACAGAACCGAGCUGGGUCAGGCCGGGGCCAUGCUGCUCACCGUGUACUGCGUGCGGAGGGACCUCUCCGAGGUGACCUUUUCCCUCCAGGUCGACGCCGACUUCGAGCUGCACAACUUCCGCGCGCUGUGCGAGCUCGAGUCGGGCAUCCCCGCCGCCGAGAGCCAGAUUGUCCAUGCUGAAAGACCUCUCACAGACAACCACAGGUCUCUGGCUUCUUACGGCUUGAAAGAUGGAGAUGUCGUGAUUUUACGACAGAAGGAGAAUGUGGACCCUCGACCUUCACAGUUUCCAAACUUACCCCGAAUAGACUUCCGCAGUAUAUCUGUGCCUGGCACCUCGAGCUCCCGGCAGCGGCAGCCACCCGGAGCACAGCAGUCCCACUCAUCUCCCGGAGAACUAGCUUUAUCUCCGCAGGGCUUGGACAAUCCAGCCUUGCUCCGAGACAUGUUGCUGGCCAACCCCCAUGAGCUGUCCUUACUGAAGGAACGCAACCCGCCCCUGGCAGAUGCUCUGCUCAGUGGAGAUCUCGAGAAAUUUACUAGGGUCCUGGUGGAGCAGCAGCAGGACCGAGCCCGGAGAGAGCAAGAAAGGAUUCGUCUCUUUUCUGCUGACCCUUUUGAUCUUGAAGCUCAGGCAAAAAUAGAAGAAGAUAUAAGGCAACAGAACAUUGAGGAAAACAUGACCAUAGCUAUGGAGGAGGCUCCGGAAAGUUUUGGCCAAGUAGUGAUGCUUUAUAUUAACUGCAAAGUGAAUGGACAUCCUGUGAAAGCCUUUGUUGACUCAGGUGCCCAGAUGACUAUUAUGAGUCAAGCCUGUGCGGAAAGGUGUAACAUAAUGAGGCUGGUGGAUCGUCGGUGGGCAGGGAUUGCCAAAGGAGUGGGCACCCAGAAGAUUAUUGGAAGGGUGCACCUAGCUCAGGUGCAGAUCGAGGGAGAUUUCCUGGCGUGCUCCUUCUCCAUACUUGAGGAGCAGCCCAUGGACAUGCUUCUGGGCCUGGACAUGCUGAAACGACAUCAGUGUUCCAUUGACCUCAAGAAAAAUGUACUCGUGAUCGGCACCACAGGCUCACAGACCACCUUCCUCCCCGAGGCAGAGCUACCAGAGUGUGCCCGGUUGGCAUAUGGGGCCGGGCGGGAGGAGGUGCUCCGGCCGGAGGAGAUUGCAGACCGAGAAUUAGCAGAAGCCCUUCAGAAAUCUGUACAGGAUGCAGAGAAAAGUGGUGAAGAAACUACCUCACUGGGAAUGUCAUCGUUACCAACUUCAGAUGGAUUUAACCAUCCGGCCCGUCCUUCAGAACAGAGUCCUGAGAUUGGUAAUCCUGCGGGUCUCGCUCACUCUGUCUCUGCUUCAGUCUGCCCCCUCAAGCCCAGUGACCCAGACAGCAUCGCACCGAACGCUGUGAAGGCCUCAAAGGCUACCACUGAAUUCCAGAUUCCCUCUGAAAAGAAAGAGCCUCUUCCUCUACAGGAUCUCCCUGGUCCUGCUUCUCCAGCAGACUGGAGUUUGGCUGUGCCCUGGCAGAAUUCACCCGAGGAAGCCACUGUUGCAGAUAAUCUGGAGCCAUCUCCUGCUGAAAGAAGCACCCAGAGCCUCGACUCUCCCCUCCACCCAACACAGGAAGUGUCUGUCACAGAGACUAGGAUGCAAGAACCACAGAGGUUUCUAGGUGAAAAGGCUUGGCAUCCAGAAUGUCAGACUCUGAGUCAGGUGAAUGGCCUUCAGCAGCAGGAGGAACCAGAGAAUGGACAGCAUGAGGUUGAACAGAAUGUGCCACAUGACCGAGAACAUCUUUGUAACAAGGGGGACCUUGAGCUUCUUGGAGAAAGGCAACAGAAUCAACCAAAAAGUGUGGAUGUGGAAGCUGCAAUGAAAGGAGACACGCUGCAGCAGAAUAUGGACCUCCCGGGUGCACAGAGCAGUCUACCCUCAGGGUGCUCUGACUGCUCCAGUUCAGAAACACUUAUGGAAGUAGAUGUAGUUGAACAGCCCCUUCUGGCAGGCGGCCAGAAUGCCAAUGUCGAGAGUGUCAGUGCAUCUGAUCUCACCUUAGAUAAUAAUCCCUUGAUGGAAGUGGAAACAUCAAAAUGCAACCCUUCAUCUGAAACCUUGAGUAGUUCCAUUUCCUCUCAGAAUUUACAGCUCCCAGAAAGUAAUGUGGAAAUGUCUGCAACAAAUGCAGACACUGGGAAUUGCUCCCCCGCUGUAAGUCUCUGUGGCAGUUGUCAGCCCUCUGUGGAGUCAGCAGAAGAAUCUUGCUCCUCCAUCACAGCAGCCUUGAAGGAGCUUCAAGGACUUCUGGUCACUAGUAGUAAACCAGCUUCAGAAAUUCCAUCUGAAGAAGUUAUCUGUCAAUCAGAAACAGUAACUGAGGGCCAAACAAGUCUGGGGGUCCUUUCUGAACGAUGGAUCCAGAGUGAACAGUGUUCACAGGUCUCCUUUCAUCAGGCCACAUCUGUUUCAGUAAAGACAGAAAAAUUAGUAGACACUUCCGCUGGCACUGGAAUGGAAGAUACAGCAGAUGUUAACUUCAGGGGUCCCGCUGAUGGCCUAGUAACUGACUCGGAAGGUGUCCCCCGAUCAACGGAAUCAGUAAAUGAGAGUUCUGUCAUUCUAGCCUCAGCCAAAACGUCUAAUCAAUUACACUGCACCUUAGGUGUAGAAAUUUCACCAAAACUUCUCGCAGGUGAGGAGGAUGCACUCAAUCAGACUUCGGAGCAAACUAAGUCCUUGUCAUCAGAUUUCAUAUUGGUUAAAGAUUUGGGUCAGGACACACAGAAUCCAGUGACAGAUGGGCCUGAGACCAGAGCAGAUGUCUGUCCUGAAGUUGCAGGGCCACUUGUUGAAUUUGACCCACCUAUCAGCUAUCCAUCAUCAAGUCCCUCCAUUCUCCCACCAUUACUUUUUCCUGCUGCAGACAUUGACCGGAUUCUCCAUGCCGGCUUUACUUUGCAGGAAGCUCUUGGGGCUUUGCAACAAGGUGGUGGAAAUGCAGACCUUGCACUUCUUAUUUUGCUAGCAAAGAACAUUGUAGUUCCUACAUAACCAUGGAAAAGUGGGCUAGACCAUACUCCAUUCCCUUGG